AUGUCCGCAGACUUAUUUGCAGAAUUUGGGCAGGGUCCCGCCCCGACGCAAAGCACUUUGGGCACACCACAGACGACCAAGCAACCACAGUCACAAACAAACGCAUUGAUUGAAGAUUUUGAUCAAUCAGAUGAUUUUUUUUUUGCCGGGUCCACGAACACUCAGGCGCGUGUGAAUCAACAAUUUGGUUCCAGUUCAGCCUCUGCCCAAUACGUCACUCAGGCACCAGCCGCCCAUCAUCAAGUGCCAAGCUUGCCAGCAUUCGAUCUGCCACGGCAAAUUAACAGCGAUGUGUUGUUUGAUGCUACAGAGGAAACUCCUGUCAGUGACACAGAAGAUGACUGGGGAGACUUUGAGGGACCAGAGGCCAGCGCUGCUCGAUCAUAUCAAUCACAGUAUUCAAUGCCCGCUGCUCAAGAAAGCAAAGUCUCCAACCCACCGCCAAAGCAACCAAAAGUCCAACAAGCAACGGACACGUUCGACUUGCUAGAUUCAUUGUCGAUUGAAGACGUGACUUCAACUAUAAACAAGUCUUCUGAAAGCAACCCGCCUCUACAAACCUUCAAUACUUUGCCAGACUCCAAUCCAACAUGGGAAGACGACUCAUUCGGGGACUGGGGGGGAAUUCACGGAUGCAACUUCCACGAAAUUAACUGCAUCGGUCCCAAAAGCAAAGCCAAAUCCGUGCCUCAACAACCAACCUGGGACGACGAGGCCUUCGAUGACUGGGAUGACUUCAACGAUGGGCCAUUAUCGACUCCAGCCCCAGCCCCAGCACCAGCACUAGCACCAGCCCCAGCCCCAGCACCAGCACUAGCACCAGCCCCAGCACCAGCACCCACAAGAAAAGAAUCAACACCUACAAGCCCACCCCCAGAAAGCUUCACAUUAGGAACCAGAGUCCCAUCCCCAACCGUCCGACCAACCAACAUCCCCCCACCAUCCGUCCUCCUAGAACUCCUCGUCGACUUAAUGAACAACCUCCAAAAAGAAGCCGCAACAACAAACAACAAAACAACGCAGCCACCCCGGACCCCACAGCAAAGCACAACCGCAUCCAAAAUCCACACAACAACCUCAACAGCAGCCCGCAUCAUAGCGGGCCGCCACCUCCGCUGGAAACGCGACACGAUCCUAAGCCAAAGCAUGCGCAUCGGGCCCGCCCGCGCCGGCAAAUCAAGCGGCAUGAAACUCAACGCCGUAAACAAACACGAAGACGUCAAGGAAGAGCAAGACGCCGUUGACGUCCUGGCGCUCUGGCGCGAGCGUGCGGCGCUCUUCAACGCCGUGGUUCAGAGCGCUGGGCUGCGGCCCAUUCCGACUGUGGCUGGACCGGCGGCUUUGAAGGUUGUUACUGCGAAGCCUAGACAAGGAGCGUUGAAGGCUGCGCAUGCCUGUGCGCUUUGCGCACUAAAGAGGGACGAGAGGGUUCUUAGGGUUGAUGAGGAGGAUGUGCAGGAUAGUUUUGGGGAGUGGUGGACGGACCAUUGGGGGCAUACGGGGUGUCGGUUAUUCUGGGAGGCGAAUCAUGGAUUGCUUGGGCAGAGGUGA